AUGGUUGUACCAAAUAUCACCCUCAAGCCUUCGGGGCAAAAGGUGGCCCAGGUUGGGUUCGGGCUCUGGAAGGUACCAAACGACAGCACAUCCGAUGUUGUGUACAAUGCUAUCAAAACAGGCUAUCGUCACUUUGACGGAGCCUGCGACUAUGGCAACGAGAAAGAAGCAGGCGAGGGGAUUCGGCGGGCAAUCAAAGAUGGUCUAGUCAAGAGAGAAGACAUCUUCGUGACCACGAAACUCUGGGCAACCUUCCAUUCUCCCGAGCACGUUGAACAGGCAGCAAAGAAGCAACUCGGGGACUGGGGCCUCGAAUAUUUCGACCUCUACCUCAUCCACUUCCCACUGCCACUCCAAUAUGUGGAUCCUGCAGAGCGCUACCCACCUGGUUGGUCGAUUGCUGCAGACAAAUGGGAGACCAAAACGGCCAAUAUCCCUCUGGCUACGACUUGGAAGGCAAUGGAAUCCCUUGUCGACGCCGGUCUGGUGAAGAACAUUGGCCUCUGUAACUGCCAGGGUGGCCUGUUAUUGGACCUGCUGCGCUCUGCAAGGAUUCCUCCAGCCAUGCUUCAGAUCGAGCAUCAUCCUUAUCUCGUUCAGCCCCAGCUGUUGGACUUGUGCAAAGACCUUGGCAUUGCUGUGACGGCUUACUCCAGCUUUGGCCCUCUGAGUUAUCGAGACCUUCAGACUCCCAAAGCCCUUGGGACUGCUCUGCUGUUUGAGAACGAUGUUAUCACAUCCACAGCCAAGAAACAUCGCAAAAGCCCAGCUCAGAUUUUGCUCAAGUGGGCGGUGCAACGAGGUGUCAUCGUGAUCCCAAAGUCGGCCGAUACGAAGCGCCAGACAGAAAACAUGGACGUUUUCUCCUUCGACCUCUCGUCCGAGGAACUGAGCGCUAUCAGUUCGUUGGAUAAAGGCCUGAGAUUCAACGAUCCUGUAAGUGUCACCUGUGGCAUUGUCAUUGUUUCUGGUGCCCUCGAGAUUGGCUGA